GGGGCGGCGGCCCGCUCGCGAUGCGCUCGCCCUCCAGGUCAUGUCCGUCCACCACAUCCCGAUCAUGGCCAAGAAGGUCCUCUCGGCGAGGCACCGCCCUGGGAACGUCGUCGCCGUGCAGCCAGUGGCGCAUGUCGGCCCGUGGAAGCACGUCGCGGAGAGCCUGUCCGACGACGAGCUGUUGCUCUCCACGGCGGCCGCGCAGGGCUCCUUCCGAGCGCUCACCGAGCACCUGGUGGCCUCGGGCUGCUACUUCGGCGUCCUGCCCGCACCCAGAGACGCCCUGCUCACGUUCCGGUGGCGCUCCGCCAAGGUGUUCCUCUCCGUGGUGGUGGCGUGGCUGCUGGCGUGCCGCAUCCUCAUCUACUUCUACUGCGUGUACGUCGGCUACAACACCGUGCUGGAGAUCGUCGUGUCCACGCGGCUCGGCUUCCACGCCAUGGCCGUCAUGGAGGUCGCGGUGUACGUCAGCAUGGCCUGCCGGUGGCGGGAUUUCGUGCUGUGCUUCCUUCGCGUGGAGCACCGUUACGACGCCUCCGAUCGCUUUGCCGGCUCUGACGGCAAGCCGGUCGACACGCCGUCGGCGCUUCGCAAGAAGAUUGUCACGCUCGCAGUCACGGCGCUUGUCAUGAGCUCGACGGAAAUCCUCCUCGAGCUGUUCACGUACCCUCUGAGCAAGGAGGUGGACCAGUUCGACUCCUUCAGCGAGAUGCUCGAGGACUACUACAACCGCCUGUUCAACAACGUGGCUCAGGCGAUCGCCUACCACCCCGUGGUGCUGGUGGUCGCCCAGCUCACCGUCAUCGCCACCAACCUCGUGCUCAACUUCAACGACGUGUUCCUCAUGAGCGUCAGCUUCACCAUCUGCCGCCGCUUCCACGAGCUGAGGACGACGGUGUCGCGGGACGCCCAGCAGGUGGCGAGCCAUUCGUACUGGCAGCUGGCGCGAGAGAACUUCAGCGACCUGAGCGAGCUGACUCGCAAGGUGGACCACUACAUCAGCUUCCUGAUGCUGCUGUCCUGCCUCAACAACUUCUUCUCCAUCUGCAUCCAGCUGCAGCACACCGUCCGGCCCUCGUCCGCCACCCCGGGGAUCGUCCGCCAGCUCUACUUCUGCUUCUCCUUCGCCUUCGUCCUGCUGCGCUUCGGCGCCAUGGUGUUCGCCGCCUCCAGCAUCCCGGAGGAGACCAAGGCCAUCAAGAGGGCGCUGUACUCCGUGCCGUCGGCGCACUUCAGCGAGGAGAUCGGGCGUUUCCUGUCGCAAGCGACUACGGAUGACGUCACUCUAACGGGGCUGGGUCUGUUCACCAUCACCCGUUCCUUCAUCCUGACGAUGCUGGGCUCCAUCGCGACCUACGAGAUCCUGCUUGUGCAGAUGUACAAGUCGGACAACUUCUAGCAAACCGCCUGUCCGGUGAUCGCCUGCUGUGCGAGUGCUGCGCCUGACGACAAGGGUUCGUGGAAAUAAGGAACGGUUCGAGGUGUAAAAUAUUUUUUAUUAAAUCCAUUUUGUUGAGA